AUGGCAAAUAACUUAAAAUCCGAGAUGUUUUUUAUUUAUCUUUUUGAAGCCAUUUGUGUUCCCCCUGGUCAUCUGGGCUACUUGAUUGAGAAUUACAUUUUCAAGGAUUUGGACACAGAAGAGCAGAAAUCAUCUAACAGUCUGAGUUGCUUUUCCACUACUGAGCAAGUAAGUUCUACUGAAGAGGAGGAGUCCCCAAAUAUAAGAAAGAAGACUAAAAUAGACACAAAACCACGAAACAGUUUAACAGCCAAAGAAUCGAUUUCUACAGACAGUUUGAAUUCACAUUCACGCAAAAGUACACCAGAUACUGCAGCAUAUACGGAUGACAGUAGAACGGCAGACACAGAGAGUGAGCCAGAAGAAGGUGAAAUUACAGAUUCUGAGCGUGAAGCCUACAGCAGUGCGGAUGAAGUAACAAGUGAAGAAACUGCUGAUUCAGAAGACUCAGAAAAUGAAGAUGAAGAAAAGAUCUGGCCUCCUUGUAUCAGAGUAAUUGUAAUAAGGUCACCAGUUCUACAGACUGGAUCACUUUAUAUUAUCACAGCUGUGAAACCUGCAACAAUUGGAAGAGAAAAAGAUGCUGGACACACACUUCAGAUUCCUGAAGUUGGAGUCAGUAAGUUCCAUGCAGAAGUAUAUUUUGACCACGAUUUGCAAAAUUAUGUUCUUGUGGAUCAAGGCAGUCAGAAUGGAACAGUUGUUAACGGAAAUCAGAUUCUCCAGCCUAAAACAAAAUGCGAUCCUUACGUCUUGGAGCAUGGAGAUGAAGUGAAGAUUGGUGAAACUGUGCUUUCUUUUCAUAUACAUCCUGGCAGUGAUACUUGUGAUGGAUGUGAACCAGGACAAGUCAGAGCACAUCUUCGCCUGGAUAGGAAAAAGGAAUCUUCUGUUUGCCCAGCACUUAGCAAAGAAGAGAGAGAGUUAGUCAGAAGAAAAGCAUUGAAACAAAUACGGGUAAAAUAUGGUUUACAGAACACAGAGUAUGAAGACAACAAAGCAGUGAAGAAUCCAAAGUACAAAGAUAGAGCAGGAAAACGCAGAGAGACCAUUGGAAGUGAAGGAACCUUCCAGAGAGAUGAUAGUCCAGCUUCUGUUCAUAUCGAAAUCAGCAACAGCAACAAAGGACAUAAAAUGUUAGAGAAGAUGGGAUGGAAGAAGGGGGAAGGCCUGGGCAAGGAUGGUGGUGGCAUGAAGGAUCCGAUCCACCUUCAGUUACAUAAGACACAUGCAGGUUUGGGUACCAGUAGACCAGCCUCAAUUGAAGAUGUUCAGAUCAUCCAGAGCAAGAAUAAGAAGAACUGGGAUAAAGCAAGAGAAAGGUUUGCUGAAAACUUCCAAGAACCUAAAUCACAAAGAGAUACACCCAAGAUUAUGCCUUGGGUUAGAGGGACUGCAGAGUAA